UCCCCGCUGCACGCGGGGCAGCAGGAGAGCGCGCGCCCCCCCUCCGCGGAGAGCUCGCCGCCCGCGCAGACCUUCGACUGGAUGAAAGUCAAGAGGAACCCACCCAAAACAGGCAAAGCUGGCGAGUACGGCUUCGUGGGGCAACCCAACACGGUCAGGACGAAUUUCACCACCAAGCAGCUCACGGAACUGGAGAAGGAGUUUCACUUCAACAAGUACCUGACCAGGGCCAGGAGAGUGGAGAUCGCAGCCUCCCUGCAACUCAACGAGACACAGGUCAAGAUCUGGUUCCAGAACCGGAGGAUGAAGCAGAAGAAGAGAGAGAAGGAGGGGCUGCUUCCCAUCUCCCCAGCCACCCCCACGGGCUGCGAGGAGAAAGCGGAGGAGUCCUCAGAGAAGUCUUGCUCGUCGCCCUGUUCGGCCUCUCCAGCCUCCUCUACCUCGGACACUCUCGCUACCUCAAACUGA